AUGGCUGCUCAAGGCGGCGACAGCGAUGCAGAGUCGGACUGCUCGGCUCUCUCGUCGCUCUCUGCCCUUGCCGCCCGCUGGUCUUCCCUCGAAGAACCUACCCCACCUCCUCUCGUUCAGAGCGAAAUUGUCGCCUUUACAACGCGUCUAUCGGCGGUCAUGGAUGUUGAGCAGGAGGAGGAGUAUUCUGGGCACGACCAGCAGGCGCAAGCAGACCCCUCGACGCGUCGUUCGACUCGCGUACCCGUCUCGCCCGACGCGAAAAUUGGCCAAGUCGACGCUGGCUCAGAACCGUCUUGCACCCCCUCGGGAGUCGUCGAAGUCGGUUCAGGGAUUGCGAAGAAGCAGGCGCGCGGGCCGGCGAAGUCAGCAAGGGAGGACAAGAAGCGCUCGAGGUCGAAGAAAUGGCACACUCCGCGUGGCGACGACGAGUACGAGGGCAAGCAUGACCCGGCGCUUGCGAGGAGGUCGAGUAAAAGGAAUCGCGAGAGCCGCGAUGGAAGGCAGGCGGAACCGGGCCUGGCAAUUGCGUCGACUUCAUCUGCCCCUCCUCUCGACAGAUCUCUCGCUCGCAUUGACAUGAACCGCCCCCGCGUCAAGCGACCUCGCCCCUCUGAAGCCGACAUGCUGCGCUCGAAUGUGCCAGAAGCGACUCUCGACCUCGCCGGACUGACUCGCCGCGCCGUCAUCUUUGCUGCUUCGUCCGCUCAACCACCCGUCGCGCCUUCCGAGGACGACACACUCGGAUCGGCCAUCAAUGCGGGACCGUCGAGCAAGAAGGCGAGGCGGAAGGAGCGCGAGGUGCAGAAGAAGCUCACGAAGCAGAGUCGCGAACAGGCUGAACUCUCGCGCGACUUCUUCGCCUGCGCGCCGACCCUACUGUCGGACGACGACGAGAAGCCGUCGACGAGGAGCUCGAAGCGUCUGCGGUCCUCGAUCGCUCCGAGCAACACCUCACCACUCUCGCCAAUCGCCUCGACGUUCGCCGCUCAGCCACACUUCGACGGACUGGAGAUAAUCGAGAGUCGCGCACUCGUGGUGACACAAGCAGGCAUGAAGGAGGAUUCGAUACAGGAGGAGCGCAAGGACGGCGCGGCAUCGGGCAGGCCAAGGCGCGAGGUUGCGGAACUGUCGCGCGACAUUUGGGCCGUCCCGUCCGAGUCGAUCGCCGCAGACGAGAAGCCGACGACGAGGGCGUCAAAGCGUCUCCGCCUAGCCGAAUGUCCCGCUGUCGACUCAACCGCCGAAGAUGGAGGGUUGCCCGCCGGCGAACCGCCUACCGCGCCUCUCUUCGCCGUCGAGUCGCUCUCCGAACCUAUGACGGCCGACACAACAAGCGCGGAGGGGACGAAGCGCAAGAAGGCGGGGCGGAAGGAGCGCAAGCCGAAGGAGGAGCGCAAGAAGGCGAAGAAGGGUUCAGGCGGCGCAGGUCGCGAGGUCGCCCACCUGCAGCGCGAUUUCUUUUCGAUCUCAGCUGGCGAUGCGCUGGCGGAAGGGCCUGGACGGUCGACGAGGACGUCGAAACGUCCACGCGAGUCGUGCAUGAUCGUCUCUCCACCCGAACCGGCACCGACUUCAGCAGCGCCUGCCUUGAUGGACAUGGUCAUCGAGGCCGACCAGGCGAACCAGACUUUUGACGCCCCGAGUACGGAUCCGUCGAAUGGGCUCCUCAAGCGCAGCACGAGGCAGCGACGCCCACCCGCAAGAUUCGACGACGAUCCCGACAGGUUCACCAUUGUGCGCAAUGCGGAGAUCCUCGAGGAGCAAGAGAUGAGGGCGAGGAUGAGAAAGGAUUCCGCGACGAAGGCGACGUCUUCCACAACGGCUACCGCCGGACCUUCUCAGCCGGGCGAGACUACGAGGCAGUUGGCGAAGAAGCCGACGCCGCCUACUCUUCCGUCACUUGCGGAAAUCGGACUGCUCGAGCUGCCACUCCCGGAUCCGCUCAGCGUUCACCAAAAUUCGCCGACUACGCCUACACCUUUUCCUCCAGCACCCGCGACGGCUCCCGCUCUACCAGCCGCCUCCGUCUCUGCCUCGACCGCGCCCGUCAAGAAGACGAAGAAGGCGCGCAAAGCCGUUCCAAUUGUCCCGACAGACCCGUCAACCUUCCUCUGUCAGCCCGUCACCAGCGUUCCACCCGUUGAUGGCGCCUGCGUCUCCGGCUCGACCACGACUCCCGCGAACACUGUGCCAAAGAAGGCUCCCAAGCACCCGCAGGCGACCAAAGCUCGCGUUCGACAUCCUGCUCUCGACUCUCGCGCCUCGUGGGUCGAGCCGGAGAGGAACCUGACCUUGACGAAGGGCGGUCGUCCCCCGAUCUGGUGCGAAGGACGGCAGGAGCUGUGCGAGACGCUCAACUACUUCAAGGCGUAUCAGGGCGGACAUUACGACUCGCAAGAACGCUGUCUCGGCUACUUACUCGACGGCUUCGGCUCUGCCAACGACGUCUGUACCGACAAGGGCAAGGUUGUCAUCUCGCACGGCGGCGGAUGCGGCGAGGUCGUUCCCGUCACAUCAGCAACGUCGACCUCGAAAGCCACCUCGUCAAGCACGAUCAAGACUUCGAACGCCUCGUACAUCUACCGCCUCAAGUCGUCCCAGACUCGCGACAACCUCCGACUGCGCGCACUCUUCAACUGCCUCGAGACGCAGACACCCGUCGUCUUGCUCGCCGGAGCCGGCUGGACGUUCUUUCCGAAGUUGAGCUCGCUGGGAUCGAGGAUCAACGAGGACGGGGAGGAGGUCGACAAAGUCCGGUAUGCGGUGCUGGGACACUAUCUCGUGACGGACAUCUGGCCCGAAGGAGAACCGAUUGAAGACGACGCCACGUCGGAGGGAAAGGAAAAGCCCGGCCACUUCGUCAGGUUCAAGGUCCGCUUCGAAUGGGUUCCCACGCAAGGCAAGCCGUGGUUCGAGGAUCACAUCGGUGACGAGGCCACUUCGAAGGAAGCGACGCCCGAACCCUCGAGCCCCGCCAGCGACGCAGCAUCGCUCGACUCUGGCUUCGUCGACAUCAUGGAGCCGAACGCAGAUCAAGAGUCGACGGACGAAGGCUUCGUGACCUGCGAAGCAUGCCAUCAGACGCAUCGCCGAGUCUACCAGGAGCACGUCUCCUGUUACAACGAAGCUUGCUCGAACUUCUUCCUCGUCGACGGCGAGAUGCACCAUCCAUCGUCACUUACCUACCAGCCUUCCAUUCUCGCGCCAUCAGAUCUACCGCAGGAUACCCUCGUUCCACAGUCGCUCUUUCCUCGGACCCUCCAAUCGCUUUCUGGCGAAAGCGCUGCGGCCGACUACUCCGCCGAGGCGUGGCGCGGCUUUGGCUGCACAGCGUGCGGACGCCUCUCGAGUCGAGCGGACUGGAUCAAGCUGAAGUGCGCGGGGUGCGGCGCCGAGGGAAACACAAUGGGCAAGGCUUUCACGAUUCAGGAUUUGCGCAUGGAGGAACGCCUCGCUGCGAUCAAGGCUGGCAAGAUCCCGCCGUCGGACUACAAGCCGGUGCAGCCUGUCUUCGUCGAGCCGUCGAUGCGCGUCCGUCCGAUCCUCCACAUCCCAGGCUGGGAGGGCUACACCGUCGAGAUGCUCCCGCCAGUCACGUCCGAGGACGAUGAAGAAAACACUGCGAGUGGCAGCAGCGUUGGUCGAGCCCUGGCUCACCACCUCUGGCCCGUGGACGAGGAGGAGGCGGAAAUGGCCGACGCCCUCUUCGAAGGGUACCAAGGCGCCGAAGCGGGCGAACUCUUCCGUCGCAACAAGCUCUCGAGGCACCACGCUGUCGGCGGCCUACUUUGCCAGCAAUUUACGUUCAAUGCCGGCGAGCACUACCGCAACGCUAUCACCGCAAAGACGUACCCGUUCCCUCCUGCCGCUCUGGACGCAUCGUCCAUUGCGGACGACAACACGACCUACGCUCCCAAGUGCACUCGAGAAGCCCGCAACCACCUCAAAACGGUCGUCCAGCUUCUUGUCGGCCCGAACGAGCUUGCCGACUUCAACGAGAUCCUCUCGGUCGCGUACAUGAGCGGGGGCAAGAUGAACUACCACGACGACGGUGAACGCGGACUCGGUCCCUAUGUUGCCUCCGUCUCGCUCGGCAGCGACGCGCUGAUGACCUUCCGCGCCAAGGGGAAGAAGAAGACGCGUGCGUUCGGCGGAGGCGCUGGCCGAACGGGCAAGAAGGCGAAGGCUGCUGCAUCAGCGGACGAUGCUAAUGAGGAGACGGAGGAUGGGGACGGGAAGAAGGCUGACAGGAGCAAGAGGACCGUCUGCAAGAUGCGCCUCCGCCACGGAGAUGUCAUGGUCAUGGAGGGCGAGGAGAUGCAGCGUCUCUUCGAGCACAAGGUCGAGCCUGAAGGCUUGCGAUACGCCGCUACCGCCCGCUUCGUCGGGCCCGACCACCUCAAUCCAGCGCCGAAGCCUCGUCCUCAGCCCGCUUCUAGCGGCCUGCGCUUCGCCUACCAGGAGUCGGCUUCGAGCUCCGCCGCUCCCGCUCUCUCCAACGUUGGUGCCUCGGCGAGCAAGGCUGCUUACGUCGUCCCGCCCGAGUCGAAGAAGCCCGCCGGCAUAGCAGGAUGGCAGGCCUACGUUCAGCAGAAGGACGCGCAAAUCUUUCCCUCAGCCGUCCCGACCGGCACGCAGACUCCAGGCUCGUCAGCUCGUCCGGCUGCUCGUCGUCAGCCGACUUUCAUCCAGCCCUCCCAAGUCCCGCCUGACGAAUGGACCCGUCCCAAGAUUCCCCUCAGCGCUUUGCCGCCUCUUCCCUCUCUCCCGCCCGCCUCACAGCCGUCGUCACACUGGACGCUCACGGUCCUUGCGGGUCUUCCCCUUCGUCCGCCCGGUCCGCUUCCCUCGCCAAACCCGCUCGCAACGCACAUCCCCAUCCGCAUGUCGCAGCCCACGCCUCCGCCUGCGCCAGCUCCCGCAUUUGGAGCGCCUCCGCAGGUGAUGCAGCCUCCGUUGCUCGCACAGAGCGCGAUUGAGCGGCGACGAGCCGGACUACUCGCGCAGAACCAGGUGAUGAUGAUGGCGCCUUGGGUACCGGUCAACGUCGCGCCGACGUUCGCCCCGAUGGGCGCGAUCGUCUUCCCGACGAUGGCCAUGCCGAUGCCGCAGGCUAUGCCACGUCCUUUCUGA